GUAUCCGAGCUGCUGCAUCGGUGCAGUCACUCUCUUCCGUUUUGCUCCGAUUUAUGUCAGACAUAAAUCUCGCAAUCGGGACCGCCGACCGAAAAACCGAUUCAGUUUACGUUGUUUUUGGUGCACAGUGGGCUUGUGUGCGGUGAAUGAUGGUCUGAUGAAGUCGAGAGAAAAAAGAACGAAACGAUCUUGUUGACAAAUGUCGCUCCUGCUAAUAAGGAAGAGAUUAGAAGAUUAGCAACAGCGUCAUUAAGGGCCUUACAAAGGGACUUUUUCUCCUGUGUGUAAAAACUCAUUACGGAGUGCAAAAUGUAAUCACGUCGAAAAAUUGUGGCGGCCGUGUAAUAAAAGAACUGUAAUUGUGAAGAUGCCCUCGGGGAGCAUCAACGCGCGUAAAGAAGAAGAUUGCGAUGAUGAUAUUGCAGAGUGCAUGUGCAGUUCAGUGCCCUUACAAUGUAACUGGAGGACUUUUAGCCAUGACGAGUCAAGUGCAUAAGACUAGACCGGGAAGCGGUCUCAGCUUGAGCGUUCUAGAUCUGGCAGCCAUCAGGAGGCUACUGGAUACCGAGAACACUGCAGGGACCUGUCCCAGUUGCGAUAUGCCGUUUGAUAAGGGCAAGAAACGGAGGCUUAUCGAUAACUGCGGACAUGAGAGAUGUUAUUCUUGCAUGUUUACCAACGAGGCUUGUCCUCUGUGCACCCUGGAUGGCCCAGUCAUACAUGAUACGCCUCCCUCAUCGAUGGGUUGUAUGGGCCUGAGGGGCUCGGAGAUCACCCUUUACGGGGAAUCCCCGGUGGAGAAAGACCGGAUUCAGCCCCGGCCUAAAGUCAAGACCAAUGGCCACUUUACGACCUUCAUGCAGGGGCGCCAGGAAUUAUCCACGUCCGAGCUAGGUCAUCCAGAGAAACUCCCCAAAACCCGGCCCUCCAACCCCCGGACUCGCGUCGACCAGGGGGUGAUGACCCAAAGUUGCCCCACUCCGCCCCAAACGCGCCGAAAGUUUUUCCUCAGCCCCAAGGGCCUGAGGAGCCCUUUUGGGCAAAGAAACGCACGACAGGCGCCCGUGGACUCCGCAUCUUCCGCUAUGACCUCGUCGACGGCUUCGGAGGGGCGCCAUUGGCCCACGAUGGUUUUGAGCAAAAUCCGGUCCUUGUGGUCGGCGGGAACGUCCGGUCCCGGAGCCGGGCUGAACCAACUAGUGUCAGAUGAUGAAGGUGGAACUGUUAAACCUAUUUCAAAUAAGAAGAAUUCGGAUAAUGAUAUGUACAUGAGGCUUGGUUUGCUGUUGGGUGACGGUGCGAGAAGAACCAAGAGGAUGCAAGGGCGGAAUCACGAGUCGUGUUCGUCGCUUGCUAGCUACGACGCCGCUGCUAUCCUCUCGACCAACACCAGUCCGGUUUCCACCCUCACAGGGAGCUCCGAGGACCAGCAUAGGAUUAAUCCCAGCUCCGACAGCGUCGGCUCGCUCAUGUCCAUGUCCAUGUCGGGGCAAAGCAACUGCAGCUCGAGCCCCGUCAGUCGACGACACAGCGUCACAACUUCCCAACCCGGCCAAGUCGAAGAUCUCAACAUGUUCCGCAACCGUCGGACUUGCAUCCGCCGCUCGGCUCGAACGGGCACCAUCAAAGGCCCCGUGGACCCCAAAAUCCGCUUUGCCCAAUACCGGACCCCUCAACUAACCCUCAAACCCCUAUUUUUCGAAGUCCCGCUCCAAGAACCCGAUCCUUUGUUCCUCGGCCGGCAUUGGUUGAUCAAAGAGAUCGAGGAUAUAGUUGGUUCUUCAAGCCCUGGAGUCCUCCUCACGGGGAACCCCGGAACCGGCAAAACCGCCUUGAUUCUCCAACUAGUGGAGCACAGUUGUUUCGGCCGCCGGAAAGAACCGAUCUACCAAUCGGUCCACUCCCCCGAGCGGUCCCGAAGCCCUCAGAGCAUCUACUACCAAAUGGAUUUGAUCUCCGAACGACUCAAACCCUUGGCGAACAGUGUGGUGGCGUACCAUUUUUGCCAAGCUGACAACAAUAACACUUGUCUCGUGCCUGAUUUUAUCCACUCGGUGGCGGCACAGCUGUGCCAAGCGCCACAGUUAUCAGGUUAUAGGGAUUAUUUGUUGAGUGAGCCGCACCUUCAAGCCGCCCUUUCCCUCAAAGAGUGUAUCAUGAACCCGGAUACUGCCCUUACUCGAGGGAUCCUUGAACCCUUGGCAAGUCUUCGCCGUGUUGGCAAACUCGAAAAUCUGAACUGUGUGAUUCUGGUCGAUGCUUUGUGCGAAGCUGAGUACCACAGGCCUGACCAUGGCGAUACCAUAACUUCGUUUCUGGCGAAGCAUGCGCCAAAUUUCCCCUCCUGGUUGAAGGUCGUAGCCACGGUUCGAACGCAACUCCAGGAAGUGACCAAACAGCUGCCCUACACGCGGAUCAGUCUAGAUAAUUCUAAUUCGAACGAAAACAUAACUAAGGAUAUACUGAGCUAUAUCAACUUCCGGCUCCAGAAUAGCCCAAGUAUUCAGAGCAACAUCACGUCUAGCACUAGCGGGAAACUGGAAAGUGGUGGAGUGUCACAACACAAAUUCUCCCAACAUCUACUUAACCUAAGCCACGGCUCGUUCCUCUUCGUUAAACUGACUUUGGACUUGAUCGAACGCGGACACUUAGUGGCGAAAUCCAGUGGUUAUAAAGUGUUACCAGUGACUUUGGCCCAAAUCUAUCUCCUCCACUUCAAUUUGCGCUUCCCCACCGUGCGCUCCUUCGAGAAGGUUACUCACAUUUUGAGCGUAUGUCUCGCCGCGCUCUAUCCCCUCACCCUCCUCGAGAUCUACUAUUCCGUGAACGCGCUCCUUGUAGAUAAAUUCUUGCCCUGGACUGAGUUCUUCCAACGUUUCAAACUCCUGUCCGGCUUCCUGGUGAAACGUUUAGACAACACUUAUAUGUUUUUCCACCCCAGCUUCAGGGAGUGGCUUAUCAGACGCGACGAUAACGAAAACACGAAAUUCUUGUGUGAUUUAAGGGCCGGUCAUUCAGGCAUUGCCUUCCGUUUAUCCCGCGUUCAGGCCCCUCUUGACGAGGAAAAAACCCUCGAAUUGGGCCACCACAUACUCAAGGCCCACGUCUAUCGCAACAUGUCCCUUAGUGCGAUAACCGCCCGCGACUUGCAAGCUUUCUGGGUGUGCGAAAGCUCGGAAAACGUCUCAUCAGCUGUGUGCAACUUGCGCAACAUGUACAGUCCGAAUGUUAAAGUUUCGCGCCUUUUGCUCCUCGCCGGGGCUUCCCCCAACCACGUGACCGAUUUCCUGGGGAACGCCCCCGUUCUAUGUGUCUACGCCAAUGAGGGGAUUGUACCCAUGGUCUCCCUCUUGCUCGAAUUUGGAGCCGACGUGGAACUGACCAACAGUCAAGGCUCCACAGCUUUGUCCCUCGCCGCAGCGAAGGGCCAUUGUGAUAUCGUGCGCCAUCUGGUGGCGGCUGGGGCGAGUCCAGGUCACGUGGACACCGCCGGGUAUUGCCCAUUGGUCCACGCGGCGCGCAACGGUUGCUUAAACGUGGUGGGUUAUUUGCUGGCGUGUGAUUGGAUUAUUAAAAACGUGGAGGAUGUGGAGUUGGGGGAGGCCGCGCAGCAGGCCUUGGUGGCGGCUGCAAGUCAAGGUCAUGUUGAUAUCGUGGAGUAUUUGUUGGAUAUGGCCGAGGUCAAUGUCGAUGCUACUGAUAGUGUUACCGGAGAGACGGCCUUGACGGUGGCGGCGGCCAAUGGAUGUCAUGGCGUUUGUACGGCUCUGAUUGGGCGAGGGGCCAGUCUCUCGGUUUGUAAUAAGAAGGAGAUGGCGCCACUGUUGUUGGCUGUAAAGGAGGGGCAUUGGGCUGUGGCUGAGAGACUGAUACAGAAUCAUGCCGCAAUUGAACAGAGUGAUAACGUGGGGCGGUCACCCUUGAUGCUGGCGGCGUCCGAAGGGCAUGUGGGGCUAAUUGAGCUACUGCUCAAUAAAGGGGCCGAAAUCAACAAGGAAGACCGCGAGGGUUUGUCCCCGCUGUCUUGGGCCUGCCUCCGAGGCAAGCUUAAGGCUCUGCAAUGCCUCAUCGAAAGGGGUGCCAACAUAAACCACACCGACAAAACCGGGCGAACUCCUCUUGACUUGGCCGCGUUUCAAGGCAAUCCUGCCACAGUUCAGCUUUUGCUCGACAGUGGCGCUCUCAUCGAACACGUCGAUAUCAACGGAAUGAGACCUUUAGACCGCGCCAUAGGUUGUAGGAACAUCCAAGUAGUGCAAUGUUUUCUGAAAAAAGGGGCCAAAUUGGGGCCAGCCACGUGGGCCAUGGCUUCAGGCAAGCCAGAUAUAAUGCUUAUUCUCCUGAAUAAACUUCUUGAAGAUGGUAACACGUUAUAUCGCAAGGGUAGACUACGGGAGGCGGCCCAUCGCUACCAAUACGCCCUUAAAAAGUUCCCGACUGAGGAUCAGGCCGAACAUAACAAGGCGUUCAGGCAAUUGCAUAUGAAUUUCCUCCUGAAUUAUUCGAGAUGCAAGCGAAAACUUAAUGAGACAGAGGAGGCCAUGGAAUUGGCCAACGAAGUCCUAAUUAUGAACCCCGACUCUUACGAAGCCUACUACUCGCGAGCUAAGGCAAAGCUUGACUUAAAAUUGUACGAAAACGCUCUGGCUGACAUGCGCGAAGCCUUAAGACUCGCGCCUGCGCAAAACGUCGAAGUCCGCAAAGUGCUCGCGCAUCUGCGUGACGAAAUCGCCAAUAAGAUGGCGUCGCCUUCUGGGCGAAUGUCCAAUCAUCGUGAUCUAGCAAUGUCCGUCGAUACUUUACACGAGUAGAAAAUCACCAGUGCCUUGCAUCAUUUGGAAGACUGAUUUUUGUCGAAAUUUUGUGAAUAUGUUAGGUUUAUUUGCUUUGUAAAUAUGAUUUUUGAAUUAAUUUAUUUUAACUGUUACGACUUUUGGGUUCAUCUUAUCAUUCCCAUGGAUAAAACUAUCCUAAUUGUUGGUUUUUAUUUUGUAUUUUUUUCCAGAUAAGUUAUAGUGGUGGUAGACUGCUAUCAUAGUCAAGGCUUGUUUAUGUAAGACAAGUUUUUUGUUUUUAUACUGCCUUCAAGUAAUUAAGCUACUUAACUAUUGACAAUACUGCACGAAAUUUGUAAAGUUCCUUAUGUAAUUCUUGUGUUUUAGGAAAAGUAUUUAUUUGUAUUCAAUACGUGUUUGAAUUAUUACGAAAUGUGGUUUCUUGCCAAGCAUGUUAUCUAGUUAUGCAGUAUUUUAUUAUUUAUUCCUUUGUAUGUCAUAAACAGUUCAACUGUUUCGUGUGGACAAAACUAUAGAGAAAUUGAAAAACACUAAAGGUGCUACUUAUGUAAGAAAAUCGUAUUUUAUGUCUUGAAGAAAAAAUUAUUGCAAUAAAGAAAUAACUUUUA